GGGAAAUGAUCAGCGGAUCCUGAAAGCAGGAGGCGACAGCGGCUCCAGGGGCAGGAAAAUAUGGGAAACGCAGACACCAAACUUCACUUUAGGAAAGCGGUGAUCCAGCUGACGACCAAAACGCAGCCUGUCGAAGCCACAGACGACGUAUUCUGGGAUCAGUUCUGGGCUGACUGCUCCAUCGCUGUCCAGGAUGUUUUUGCUCUGGUGCCUUCUGCAGAAAUCCGAGCUGUCAGAGAGGAGUCCCCGUCCAACUUGGCAACCCUCUGCUACAAGGCUGUGGAGAGGCUGGUUCAGUGCGCUGACUCAGGCUGCCCCUCGGAGAAGGAGAGGCAGAUUGUUCUGAAUUGCACCCGAUUGCUCACCCGGAUCCUGCCGUAUAUUUUCGAGGACGCCGACUGGAGGGGCUUCUUCUGGUCCACCAUCCCUGGCGCAAAAAGAUCCAGGGGUUUGGAUGAAGAUGUUAAUGAGAAUGAAGCUCGACCACUGGCUGAAUCCCUGCUGCUCGCCAUCGCUGAUCUCCUCUUCUGUCCAGAUUUUACAGUUCAGAGUCACAGGAAGAGCAGCACGGAUGGGUCAGAAGAAAUGCGAUCUUUAGACAGCUGUGAGUACAUCUGGGAGGCCGGGGUAGGCUUCGCUCAGUCGCCUCCCCUGAAUUACGUCCAUGACCUGAACAGGACUGAGCUGCUGAAGCUGCUUCUCACCUGCUUCUCUGAGGCCAUGUAUCUUUCUCCUUCAUCUGAGAACCAAGCGCUGAAUCCCUGGGUUGCUUUCUUCUGUUCUGCAGAAAACAGACAUGCCCUGCCGCUCUUCACAUCCCUGUUGAACGUCGUCUGUUCUUAUGACCCUGUGGGAUAUGGCAUCCCGUACAAUCAUCUGCUGUUCUCAGACCACAGGGGGCAGUUGGUGGAGCAAGCACUGCAGACCCUGAUCGUCACACUGGAGCACGAGCCAGGGUCCGCCAUGACGGCUGCCCUCCGAGCUCUGGAUUCCUCCUCAUCCAAUCCAUCCGAGGAACCAGAUCCAGCUGGACCCGACAACCUCUUUGUGAAUUACCUCUCCAGGAUCCACAGAGAGGAGGAUUUGAGUUUUGUUCUCAGAGGUUUGGCUCAGCUGCUCAACAACCCUCUAAUCCAAACAUACCUUCCUCGAUCCACCAAGAAGAUCCAGUUCCACCAGGAGCUGCUGAUCCUUUUCUGGAAGUUUUGUGAUUUUAACAAGAAAUUCCUGUUCUUCGUCCUGAAGAGCAGUGACGUCUUAGAGAUGCUGGUUCCCAUCCUGUUCUACCUGAAUGAUGCCAGAGCAGAUCAGUCUCGAGUCGGUCUCAUGCACAUCGGUGUGUUCAUCCUGCUGCUGCUGAGCGGAGAGAGAAACUUUGGUGUUCGCCUAAAUAAGCCGUACACAGUCCAUGUCCCCAUGGACAUUCCUGUCUUUACAGGAACCCAUGCUGAUCUGCUCGUAGUGAUUUUUCACAAAAUAAUCACCUGUGGUCACCAACGUCUCCAUCCUCUGUUCGACUGCCUGCUCACUAUAAUUGUAAACAUUUCACCCUACUUGAAGAGUCUGUCCAUGGUGGCUGCCAACAAGCUGCUCCACCUGCUGGAGGCCUUCUCCACACCGUGGUUUCUCCUGUCUGCACCUCAGAACCACAACUUAGUUUUCUUCCUGCUGGAGGUCUUCAAUAACAUCAUCCAGUAUCAGUUUGAUGGUAACUCCAACCUGGUGUAUGCCAUCAUCCGAAAGAGGAACGUUUUCCACCAGCUGGCUAAUCUGCCGACAGAUGAGGCGUCCAUUCAGAAAGUUUUGCUGAAGAAGAAAAAGUCUGCGAACUCUCGUCUAAAUUCCACAGAUGGCGAGUCCAUGGAGGGCUCCAGACCCGCUGCACCUGCCGAGCCCGGGACACUCAAAACCAGCUUAGAGGCCACUCCAGGAAUUGAUAAGAUAACAGAGAAGGCUCAGGUAAGCGAGGAUGGAACGAUGGUAUCCUUGCCACAUUCGGGAUCUCCGAUAACGGCACCUCGCCGCAGCGUCAUCAACGGAGCCAGCGACACAGAGUCCAACUCGGAGAGGGACCACGAGGUCUUCACAGAGUCGCAGACGUCAAGAAGUCGAAUGUCGAGCAUCUCAUCGGCUGCAGCCUGGACAGCUAAUUCAGACUGGAUGGUGUCAUGGAAAACUAGACUUCCUUUGCAAACCAUCAUGCGGCUGCUGCAAGUGCUGGUCCCACAGGUGGAGAAGAUCUGCAUAGACAAGGGUUUAACAGACGAGUCGGAGAUCCUGAGGUUCCUGCAGCAUGGCACGCUGGUCGGACUCCUCCCAGUACCCCACCCCAUCCUGAUCAGGAAAUACCAGGCCAAUGCUGGCACUGCCAUGUGGUUUCGGACGUAUAUGUGGGGAGUCAUCUACCUGCGGAAUGUGGAUCCUCCGAUCUGGUAUGACACGGACAUAAGGCUGUUUGAGAUUCAGAGGAUUUAGAGGAGCUGCUGAAGUUGACUUCUACAAGAAGCUUUUUUCAACUUCCUUGGAAAAAUAAAGCUUCUCUAAACAUGC